CCCUGGCUUCGUGGAUCGCAGUUCGAAAUCGGCAUUCCAUGCGACAACAACAGAAAGCUACUACCUACGACCCCUACGACUUAGUGCUAAAGCACUCGUCGUAGCCUUCACCCCACGGUCCUUGCUGUGUUUAGAUCAAGUGACCCAUCGUUCUCCAUCCGGAUCGGCGGUGGGCGAGUUUUUGCCGACCAGGUGGCCGCUCCCUUUGAUCCUUCGAGUGUGUUGUUGCGGGAAGAACCCAGGGCCAUGCCUAAGGGACAGGAGUGUGGGAUGCGGGCCAACAAGUGUAACUCGACAUCUGGGAUCAAGUAGCUCUUGGAGCUACUGAGUUCACCCUUGAGCUGACCAAUCGGAUCCGUGGUUGAGUUUGCCCUCCUAGGCGUCAUGUCUUCGUCAUCGUACUCUGCAAUGUCGCUCGCGCGUAAAAAGAAGAAAUAUAAUGCCCGUUUUCCACCCGCUCGCAUCAAAAAGAUCAUGCAAAGUGACGAAGAAGUGGGGAAAGUGGCUGCGGCCGUACCCGUUAUCAUUUCGCGAGCCUUGGAGCUGUUUGUGGAAACGCUUCUCAAGCGGAUGGAUGCCACCAUGACGGAGCGAGGUGCCCGCACCAUGACCCCUGGACACUUGAAGCUCUGCAUUCACUCGGAACCUCGCUUUGACUUUCUCAAAGACUUGGUCUUGGAUGUGCCCGACCUGGCACCCGAUAAUGGCGAGGAGAGUCUCACGCCCCAGCCAUGCGCUCUCUCCGCCUCCUCCACCACGGGACGAACGACUAAUGGUACACCUCGAGCCCCACGAUUACCCCGACAAAUCAGCACCGUUAAGUCCAGAACCCGUCAAACCCGACGAGGCUCAUCCGAAGCAGUGGCUACGGCCCGUCGGGCUUCACAGAACAAAUUUGUUGACCUGGAUGAGACAGAGCGGUCUUCUGAAGACGAGGCUGAUGCCCUCAUAUCCGAUGAGGAGAACAGUGGCCAUUCCACCGUCGCCCACCGUCCUCGAUCUUUACCGGGAUCACCCCAACUAGGUCCCAACUCAGAUGGAUCGAUCAAAACCCCCCUAGGAGGGUCUCACAGUUUUGUCAGAAGUUUGAGCUGUGCCCCAGGCAUCAAUGGGUCAAGUGGACCAACCAAUGGGCAUACCAUGACCCCCGUUCCUUUUACUCUCUCGUUUCCUCCCGUCAGUUUACUGGGCGAGGCCCAGGCCGAGGCCCAGGCUGAAGACGACGCGGGCCCAACCAACAGAAGCUCCGCCAACUUGAUACCUCAUAUCCCUCCAUCCCCGAAGCGAGGCGCGACCUCAAAGUCGGUCAAGACCAGCAGCCAUGGUGCCAUGGAUCUGAGCAGUAGCCUGGGUUCUACCUCACCAGGCAGUAAUCAUCUUCUCAGUUCCCAUACCCAAACCAAUCCACCCUCGUCCUUUGGCAUGACGGGGCCCCCUUUGAAUUUGGUCCUCUCUCGUGGGCUCGGCUGUAACGAGGAUGAAGACGAUGAUUAUGAUUCUUGAGUCUCGAUGAUGGGCCAGCAAACGUAACCUGGGAUCCGGCAUGUCCGGUUAAUCCACCAAGCGGUCAAUCUGUUUCAAAAUCCUUGUGGAUCUACUCAAUCAGUUACACAGUAUUGAAUGACUGACUAUGUCUGUCCCCUUAAUACAAUUUACACUUCUUUCGUUUACAAUCACA